AUGAAGUUAUCCGAUUAUUUAUUUGUGUUUGCUCUAUUUUUCUCAUUUUUAUUGUUAACUUCAGCUCAUACUCAUGAAGAUUUUCUUCAGUGUUUGACCACCUAUCAUUCCGAAAAAGACAAACCAAUUUCUAAUAUCAUUUACACCCCAUCCAACUCCUCAUAUUCAUCUGCCUUGAAUUCCUACGUCCGAAACACCAGAUUCUCAACACCUUCCACCCCGAAACCCCGAGUCAUUGUUACACCAUUGGGUGUUUCACAAAUUCAAGAAACACUUUAUUGUGCCCAAAAACAUAGAAUCCAAGUAAGAGUUAGAAGUGGUGGACAUGAUUACGAGGGUCUUUCUUUUGUUUCUCCCGUACCAUUUGUCAUACUUGAUAUGAUUAAUCUUCGAAACAUUUCUAUUGAUGUAGAAAACAACACUGCCUGGGUUCAAUCCGGUGCAACCCUGGGUGAAUUAUACUAUUGGAUUGCUAAUAAGAGUAGAACUCUUGGCUUUCCAGCUGGAGUUUGCCAAACAAUAGGUGUUGGUGGACAUUUCAGUGGGGGAGGGUAUGGCACAUUGUUGCGUAAAUAUGGCCUUGCUGCAGAUAAUGUUCUUGAUGCACAUUUGAUAGAUGUUAAGGGAAGAUUCCUUGACAGAAAAUCAAUGGGAGAAGAUCUGUUUUGGGCCAUUCGAGGAGGAGGAGGGGCUAGCUUUGGAGUCAUUGUUUCAUGGAAAAUCAAGCUGGUUCCUGUUCCAGCAAAUGUGACUGUGUUCACAGUCAGAAAGGGCUUGGAACAAAAUGCAACCAAAAUUCUUCAUCGGUGGCAGUAUGUUGCACCCAAUAUUGAUAGAGACCUCUUCAUUCGUGUACUCUUAACAGGUUCAGGUUCUGUCCAAUACGGGAAUAGGUCGGUACAUGCUUCGUUCAAUUCCAUUUACCUAGGAGGGAAGGAUAAGCUCCUUCCGUUGAUGCAAAAGGGCUUUCCUGAGCUUGGUUUGGUGAGUGAAGAUUGUACAGAAAUGAGCUGGAUUCAAUCUAUCCUCUACUUUGCUGGAUUCCAAAAUGGACAAUCCCUAGAAGUUUUGCUAAAUAGGACUCUGACAGUAAACUCUUAUAAAGCAAAAUCCGAUUACGUGAGGCAGCCCAUUCCCGAGGCUGCGUUGGAAGGGAUUUGGCCAAGAUUUUUUAAGAAGGAGGCACAGUCAUCUGUAAUAAUCCUGAAUCCAUAUGGGGGGAGAAUGAGUGAAAUUUCGGAGUCUGCAACACCUUUCCCACAUAGAGCUGGCGUCAUCGGCAAAAUCCAAUACUUGGUGUAUUGGUCAGAAGAAGGGACUGCGGCAACUAAAAAGCAUGUAAGUUGGAUGAGAAGGCUUUACGCUUAUAUGGCUCCCUACGUUUCAAAUUCUCCAAGGGAAGCGUAUAUAAAUUAUAGAGACCUUGACAUAGGUAAAAAUAACAAAGGCCGCCGCACAAGUUUAAGACGGGCAAGCGUAUGGGGUACUAAAUAUUUUAAGAACAACUUUGAAAGGUUGGUGUUUGUGAAGACUCUAUUUGAUCCGACUAAUUUCUUUAGGAAUGAACAAAGCAUCCCGCCUCUUUCAUUCUAG